CUCGCGAGACUUUCACAGAAUGAAGGUUACCACCACCAGCCUCGGUUACCGUUACCGUCUUGCCGCGAGCCGCUCAUUAAUGCGAACCCGAAUAAAAUAAUGGGGAACGUUGAAACCUUUGAGUCUCUUGAAGAUUUCAAUGCAUGUCUACAACAGUACGAGGGAGACACGAACACAAAAUUUAUCGUUUUGAAGAGCGAUCGUGCAUUUGGCAGAAAUGAUCUGACAGUGGAAAAACAGCUUCAGUGGGAAGUGAAGAUUGUUCAUUUCAAUGGCAUGCCUUUUAAGAUAAUUGGGAAAAAGACAUAUAUAUGUCACCAAGGAAGAGACAAGCAUGCCAAAGCCAAACAAAGACGUCAGGAGAGUAAUCCACAAGGUCAUGAAUAUGCAUGCCUUAAAACAAGACGCCUGAUGCAACCAACUAAAAAAAUGGGUUGUCCUGCAACCAUAAAUGUUGUUCAUAUUGUGAGGUUUCCUGAGUAUAAAAUAACGGAAGAUAACUCGUAUCAGAAACGAGAAAAGUCUUCAGCUGUUAGAGAAGCCCUAAGACUAGAUCCAAAGCGUGUGCGCACAGAAGAAAUGUUUGCAGCCAGCUUCCCAGAUGUUAAAGAGCAUCAAAACCACCCUGUUUUUGGAAAGGAAUCAAGAGACAUUCGGAACAUCAUGAAAGAGGUCAAGGCAGGAAACAGGUGCAGACCAUCAUAAUCUACAGGUUAUAUGUUGUAGGCCUUGGUAAACACAUGGAAAGAAGAGGGCUGUGCCGUUGAGUACAGACCCUCUCAGGAGGAAGAGGAGGAGGAUGGUAGCGUGGUGAAGAUGCUGCUGUGCUUGCAGACGCCGUGGCAGAAGAGGCUUAUGCGACUGUAUGGACAGCAGAUGUGCUUACUGGAUGAAUCCUAUCGAGCUGGCAGAAAUUCACUGCCACUCUUCUUUCUGUGGGUGAGGACGAAUGUCCGCGUUGGAGUGUUUGUCACUCAGACAGAGACCAAAGAGGACAUCGCAGAAGCCUUGAAGGUGUUUCAGAAGUGGAAUUCAGACUGGAAUCCAUCACACUUCAUGGUGGACUUCUGUGAGGCGGAAAUCAGUGCUUUAGAGGAGGUGUUUAAGGGUUCUAAAGUGCUCCUCUGUGAUGUUCACCGAGAGAAGGCACGGAUGGAGUGGAUAAGAAAAAAGGAGAAUGGUGUGACAUCUCAGGAAGAGGUUCUUAAACUUCUACAGGCCAUUGCAGAUUCUCAGACGAAUGAGGAGUUUGAGAACAACACUGUUACCCUCCAACAACAUCCAGACUGGCAGUCAAAUGAGAAGCUGAGAAGGUUCGUCAGCACAUGGCUAGUUCAUGCAGAGAGGUGGGUGAACAUGUUCGGAAAUGAGAACAUGCAUGUGGCUGCCUUCAAAAAUAAAGGUGUUAAAAGUCAAAAGGAUGUCCUGAAGCAUUCACACCUAAAGGGACACAGAAACUGCAGUCUCAGCGAAACGCUUAUAGUCAGUAUGAACAACUUCCUGCCAAGAUCGUAUCAAAAGUAUGUUGAAUUGAAUAUCAAAUGCUCAAGUGGCUCUCGCAAAUACAGCACAAAUGUGCCUUGUUAUGCAGGACACAGUCCAAGAAUUAUGUCUCAACACAUUAUAAAGAGGCACCAAGAGUCGCUGCCCUUCAAUGCAAGUGACAUAACAUCUGCUGGAGAGAACGUCUUCAAUGUUCAGAGUCAAACUUCACUGGAAAAACAUCAGGUGAACUUUGGUAAAGACGAUGAGAUGCCUUCAUGUACAUGCACGGACUGGCAGAGACAUCUUCUCCCAUGCCAGCAUUUCUGUGCUGUUUUUGCCUUAGUUCCUGGCUGGAGUUGGGAGAAUCUGAGUGCUGCGUACAGGAAGAACCCUCUCUUCACGUUUGACGAGGUUUGCCUGGGACAGUCUGCUACACUUCCUGCUGAUCUUCAAGGCGAAGAGGCUCUGAAGAAAAAUCAGGAGAAAGAUAGUAGUCCAGAGAGAUGUCCAUCUCCUGCUCCCUCAGAGCCCAUCCUGACCAAUCCUGAAGCAGAAAAAAGCGAGAAGUGCUGUAGCUUGUUGAAGGAGAUAUCAGAAUUGACAUGCCACAUACAGGACGGGACCUUUCUAGAUUCAGUAACUGAUCGCCUUACAGAUCUGUUAAAAGAUAUAAGGCGACACACUCCCCAUGAUGACAUCCUUGACCUUUCCUACGCCCCACCAUCCAAGAAAAUGUGUUCAGCAUCUGCAGAGCACCCAGAAUCAAUUAACACAGUUCCUCUGUAUCUGGAGAAGAUAAUGAGGGCAACCCAUACAAGUGAAUUUUGAACUACAUUUUUAAGGUGUUACUUCCCUCAAUCGUGAUUUGUGGUUGUAAACAUUUUUGUCAUUAAAAUGCUUUAAUUUUUUGGAA